UCCGGCAGCCGAGCCCUGGCGGGUGCUGGGGAGAAGCAGGAGUCCGGGAGAACAAAGGAAGAACAAAGUGUGAUCAGCUCCUGGUGUGAACUCUUUAGCAUGGAAUCAACAACUUCAAGCUGCAUUUCACCAGGGCCAGGCAUAGCCAGCUCGCCUGAUAAUGCCAUAGUCAGAGCUACAGGGACACCUCUGCAAGAACUGCCAAAGAACCAGGAAUCUGCUCUAAGACCUUUAACAACAAUGCCAACGCAAAACAGCACAAGACCGCAGAUGAGUCCAAAGCUCGUAUAUGUCAAGCCAAAGGACAAAAGAAAAGAUUCUGGGUUUCCAGUUUCCAAACCUGAUGUCAUCUCCCAGCAGGAACGAGGGGAAGAGCUGUUUUCCCCAGAUCGCCAGACCUCAGUAGAAAGAGAGCUCCUGAGAGGCAGGUGUACAGAUGAUGGGAUGGUGAAUGAGACUGUGGAGCAGAAUCCCCAGCAGGAAGAUGAUGAGAAAGUGGAAUCACAUGGGGUGUUACUACAAAGAUGCAAAGGGAGUGUGUCUAGGAGUUGUGAGCAGGAAAAAACCUGUAAGAGUCAGUACAGGCCAGCGAAGCGGCAGGGAAACCAGCCAAUGCAGAAAAUUGGUCAAUCUGUUAGUUAUCAGGGAACUCAGAAAUGCCACAAGAAAACCAUGGCCCAGCAGAUUAUCCUCACGGGUGAGAGAAAUAACACAUGUGCCAAGUGUGGUAAAAAGUUUAAUAGGCGCCCACUCCUGAUUAUCCAUCAGAGAAUCCACACAGGGGAAAAACCCUAUCGAUGCUGUGAGUGUGGGAAAACCUUUGCUCAGAGCUCAGCUCUUAUUCAACAUCAGAGACUCCACACCGGGGAGAAACCCUAUCGAUGCAGUGAAUGUGGGAAAUCCUUCACUCAGAGCUCAGCUCUUACUCAACAUCAGAGACUCCACACCGGGGAGAAACCCUAUCCGUGCUGUGAGUGCGGGAAAACCUUUGCGCAGAGCUCAGCUCUUAUUCAACACCAAAGAAUCCACACAGGGGAGAAACCCUAUCGAUGCUGUGAGUGCGGGAAAACCUUCAAUCAGAGCUCAAGCCUUAUGAAACAUCAGCGAAUCCACACAGGAGAGAAACCCUAUCGAUGCUGUGAGUGUGGGAAAUCCUUCACUGAGCAGUCAAGCCUUAUUAAACAUCAGAGAAUCCACACAGGAGAGAAACCCUAUCGAUGCUGUGAGUGUGGGAAAUCUUUCUCUCGGAGUUUAUCCUUUAUUCAGCAUCAGAGAAUCCACACAGGGGAGAAACCAUAUGAAUGCUGCGAGUGCGGGAAAAACUUUGCUCAGAGCUCAAACCUUAUUAGCCAUCAGAGGAUCCACACAAAGGAGAAACUCUAUGAAUGCUUUGAGUGUGGGAAAAUGUUCACUGGUAGUUCACACCUUAUUAGCCAUCAGAGGAUCCACACAGGGAAGAAACUCUAUGAAUGCUUUGAGUGUGGGAAAACAUUCACUGGUACUUCAAACCUUGUUAGCCAUCAGAGGAUCCACACAGGGGAGAAACCCUAUCGAUGCUGUGAGUGUGGGAAAAGCUUCUAUCGGAGCUCAGCUCUUUUUCAACAUCAGAGAAUCCACACAGGGGAGAAACCCUAUCGAUGCAGUGAGUGUGGGAAAAGCUUCUCUCGGAGCUCAGCUCUUAUUCAACAUCAGAAUAUCCACACAGGGGAGAAACCCUAUCGAUGCAGUGAGUGCGGGAAAACCUUUGCUCAGAGCUCAGCCCUUGUUACACAUCAGAGGAUCCACACAGGAGAGUGACCCUAUGAAUGUUAUGAAUAUGGCAGGUUCUUAUAUCAGAACUCAGCCUUUACUUAGCAUUAGAGAUGCUGCAAGGGAGCUAGAGAUCAUAUAAACCCUGUCUAGAGCUGAGAAAAGAUUGUUUUCCUUUUGCUAAU